CACUCGGCUCCACGCGGAACCAUUUAAGGGGCUGAUUUUCGGCGUCUCUUUCCCGUCAGUAAUUUUCCUUUUAGUCUGCCCACGGCCACCACGUUGCAGCCAUAAUUUAUAUAUCCAUUUUUACAAAACUAGAUACGCGUAUUUUGCGUAUAUAAAUCCCUUACAUAAAGAGAAAAUCAAGGACAGCUCACUUUCACUGCUGCUUUGAUAUCCUCAGAUCAAGAUCUCUUCUGAUUUAAGCUUGGUUGAGAAAUGGAGGAAACUUUGCUCCAUGGGACUUUACAUGCUACGAUCUAUGAAGUUGAUAGGCUUCAUGAUGGAGGUGGAAACUUCUUCGGCAAGCUUGUGGCAAAUGUUCAGGAGACUAUUGGCAUUGGCAAAGGAGUUCCAAAGAUUUAUGCAACUAUUGAUCUUGAAAGGGCCAGAGUUGGACGAACCAGAACAAUAGAAAAUGAAACUUCCAACCCUAGGUGGUUUGAGUCUUUCCACAUUUACUGUGCCCAUAAUGCUUCCAAUGUGGUGUUCACUGUCAAAGAUGACAAUCCUAUUGGAGCAACUCUGAUUGGACGAGCAUAUGUCCCUGUUAAGGAUCUUACAGAAGGGGAUGAAGUGGAUAGGUGGGUUGAAAUCCUGGAUGAAGACAAGAAUCCAAUAAAAAGCGGUGGUAAAAUCCAUGUGAAGCUUCAAUAUUUUGGUGUGACAAAGGACCGCAACUGGGACCGUGGUAUCGUAAGUCGUAAGUUUCCUGGAGUUCCCUAUACGUUUUAUCCGCAGAGAAAAGGGUGUAAAGUUUCUCUGUACCAGGAUGCUCAUAUCCCAGACGGAUUUGUUCCUAAAAUUCCUCUUGCUGGAGGCAAGAAUUAUGAGCCACAUAGAUGCUGGGAAGAUAUUUUUGAUGCUAUCACCAACGCUAAACACAUGAUCUACAUUACUGGUUGGUCUGUUUAUACUGAGAUCAGUUUGGUGAGAGACUCAAGAAGGCCAAAGCCUGGGGGUGACAUCACUAUUGGUGAAUUGCUGAAAAAGAAAGCAAGUGAAGGUGUCAGGGUUAAUAUGCUUGUUUGGGAUGAUAGAACUUCUGUUGGAUUGCUGAAGAAGGAUGGGUUAAUGGCCACCCAUGAUGAGGAAACUGAACAAUUCUUCAAGGAUACUGAUGUCAACUGUGUCUUAUGCCCUCGUAAUCCAGAUGAUGGUGGAAGUUUUGUGCAGGAAUUACAAAUAUCUACAAUGUUCACUCAUCACCAGAAGAUUGUUGUAGUGGAUGCUGCAAUGCCUAAUGGAGAUCCAGAGAAAAGGAGAAUUGUGAGCUUUGUUGGAGGUAUUGAUCUUUGUGAUGGGAGAUAUGACACACCUUUCCAUUCCCUGUUCAGGACCUUGGACACCGCUCACCAUGAUGAUUUCCAUCAGCCAAACUUCACUGAUGCUUCAAUCACCAAAGGUGGACCAAGGGAACCUUGGCACGAUAUCCACUCCCGACUUGAAGGGCCAAUUGCCUGGGAUGUCUUGUUCAAUUUUGAGCAAAGAUGGAGAAGACAAGGCGGUAAAGAUGUGCUUCUUCAGCUGAGGGAACUUGAAGAUGUUAUCAUUCCCCCAUCUCCAGUUGCAUUUCCUGAUGACCAUGAAACUUGGAAUGUACAGUUAUUUAGAUCAAUUGAUGGUGGGGCUGCUUUUGGUUUCCCUGAGACACCUGAAGAUGCUGCCAGGGCUGGGCUUGUGAGUGGAAAGGACAAUAUCAUUGACCGAAGUAUUCAGGAUGCCUAUAUUAAUGCUAUACGACGAGCAAAGAAUUUUAUCUAUAUUGAAAAUCAGUAUUUCCUCGGAAGCUCAUUUGGCUGGAGUCCUGAUGACAUCAAGCCUGAGGAUAUUAAUGCUUUGCAUCUGAUUCCCAAAGAACUUUCACUUAAAAUUGUUAGCAAGAUCGAGGCAGGAGAGCGGUUUACAGUUUAUGUUGUUGUCCCUAUGUGGCCAGAAGGAAUCCCAGAGAGUGCCUCAGUUCAGGCAAUAUUAGAUUGGCAGAGAAGGACGAUGGACAUGAUGUAUAAGGAUGUCAUUCAGGCUCUCAGAGCCAAGGGUAGCGACGAGAAUCCCAGAAACUAUUUAACAUUUUUCUGCCUUGGGAACCGAGAGGUUAAGAAGAGUGGAGAAUAUGAACCUUCUGAAAGACCAGACCCUGAUACAGAUUAUGCCAGAGCUCAGGAGGCCCGUCGUUUCAUGAUCUAUGUUCAUGCAAAAAUGAUGAUUGUUGAUGAUGAAUACAUAAUAAUUGGGUCUGCCAACAUCAACCAGCGAUCCAUGGAUGGUGCUAGAGACUCUGAAAUAGCCAUGGGAGCCUAUCAACCAUAUCAUUUAUCAUUAAGGGAACCAGCACGAGGUCAGGUCCAUGGUUUCCGUUUGUCACUGUGGUAUGAGCACCUUGGCAUGCUUGAUGACACAUUCCUCGCACCAGAAAGUGAAGAGUGUGUCAGGAAGGUGAAUCAGGUUGCUGACAAAUAUUGGGAUCUCUAUUCAAGUGAGUCACUUGAGCGAGACUUGCCUGGACACCUACUCCGCUACCCCAUCGGUGUUUCUAGUGAUGGAUCUGUCACUGAAUUGCCUGGCAUCGAGUUCUUCCCUGACACAAAGGCUCGUGUUCUUGGUGCCAAAUCUGAUUAUCUGCCACCUAUCCUCACUACUUAGGGGAUCUUUACUUUGUUCUUAAGCAAUAAUAACUUGUCUAGUUUGGUGUUACUGGCUUUGGUAGUAACAAUAAAACUUGUUUUUGUGCUUGUGUCAUAGUCUGCAGAGCUACAGUGUUGUGUUGGUAUUGCUUUUCCGUCAGCUGUGAUACCGUGUUGUGAUUUUAGUGCUGACUGGUAUAAUAAAACUUGUAGCCUCCGUGU